UGCAUUUAAAAAAAUUGUCCUUUAGAGAACGACCAACAUCAUAACAGAACAAGAAACGAAAUGCCAGUGUCGACAUUCGUGCAUGUCGCAGGCAGCACGACCAAUGACGAGCUAGUAAAACGCGUCGAGCGCGUGUUUGGCGUCGGGCGAUCGGCUGUGUGGCGCGUCGAGAUCAAGCCAAUGCUGCCCAUCUCCAAGCCUGCUGCUGCUGCUGCCGCCACGACGAAUGCUGGAGCUGGAGCUGGGGCUGCUGCUGCUGGGACUGGAUCAGUCGCAUCGUCAGCACAAACGUCUGCUGUUGGAGCAGCGACCUCGGGCCUCAAACGCAUCACCAUGAUCCGGAAUCAAGAUUACCCUGGCAAGAUGAUUGUGUUGGUCGGUGGAUCGCCAGCGGAGGCGGACGACGCCAGCAGCGCCAGUAACAAGAACGUGAAUGCUGCAAACACCAACGCUGCCGCGGUGCCUGGACUGGCCGACACAACUGUGCUCGAGGUGGACAAGGAAUUCGAGGCCGUCAUGGGAUGGCUGAAAACCGUCUACCAAGAGCGGCGGCCCGUCCGCAUCGAAGGCAGUCGCUAUGACAUUGGCGACUUUUCCGUUCGAGUGGGGAGUGUCAUUGUGAGUCAGCAGCCCCGAGGCAUUGCUGUCGAGGUCGAAUACAAACCAGCGGUGGCACCAGACCGGUGUAAUGGCCUGUUGCAAGAAUUCUUACAGCUCAUAUUGCCCGGGGCCGGUGUCGCUUCGUUUGACUAUUCGCUUGUCCAUUUAGCGCCAAACACUUUUACGCCAGCUCACGCUGCGUAUCAAGUCGCCGCAGUGCUUUCCAGUCGCGGAUUGCUGAGUGUUUGAUGCGCAAUCGGUGCGUUCUCGGGCGUUGUUUUUUCGUUUGUUUGUUUGUGUGGUACUCGCUCAUCAAUAUCCAAACUGUAUUGAGGUCAG